AUGCGAUUUGAAACUAUUUUCAUGACAAUAGUGAAAAAACAAAAUAUAUCUGAAGAAUACAAAGAAAUGAAGAUGAAAAACAAGACAAAAAAGAUUGAACGAAAAACAAAGAAUCAAAGUCGAAAAAUCUCAAAUGAAAAAGAAGAAAAGAAAAAUUCUAUUGUAAUUAAUUACAAUAUUAAUAAUGAACAAUUGAAAGAAGGAAAAUAUUCACAU